GGCCUUUCUGCGCUGUCCCCUGCCUCCGGUCUAUUUAAGGGAUGCCCCUGCGCCUGUCAUCCUCUCUGUCCCUUUUUCUUUCUCAAGUGAUAUAAAGUAACCCCCACGGUCGUUUCCUUUCGAGGCCUCACCCCCGAUCUAACCUACCUUCCACUAUCACAAUGCGUUACUCUAUCUUCCUGGUGGCUUUCGGCGCUCUCGCCGCUGCUCAGUCCUCUGCUGUCGUGGCUCCCUCUCAGCCCGCUGCUGUGACCUCCCAGCCUGUCAUCCCCACCCAAGGCUCCCUCCCCGCCGGUGCUUCUAGCGCUGUCAUUGGCUCCAGCGCUCCUGCGUCGUCCUUCUCGACGGUGAAGACCAAGACCACCACCGCUAAAACCGAGUCUUCCACCUCCACCAAGACCUCCUCCUCUUCCUCCCAGACCAGCGGCUCCAGCAGCACCAGCACCUCUGAGGGUGCCGGUGUACCUCUCGCCACCAUGGCUCCUAUGGGUCUGUCCGUGGUGGCCGGUGCCGCCAUUGCUGCCCUCUUGUAAAAGGGGCCGGCAAUACCCUCCCAUCGUCAAUGGUCUAAGACAUCUUCCGCUUCGAUGAGUCGCACCAGGCAUCGACUUGUGUAGCGUGUUUACAGCUAUUAAGUCUGGCGAAACGAGGUCGAAAAUAACCUGAAUAUAUGACCGGUUCUUGGUCGGAGGAACUUGUACCACUGAUGGGAAGACUGUUUUUCUGUGUUUGAUUAUUUCUCAUUCCC